GACACCCCUGUUCUCCUGCUCCUUUAUAUAGCUUUUCGUCAUAUCUCCACAGGGGCAUUUUUGUCUCUCAAUUUCCCGUGUGCCCUAAUUCGACUUACGCCCAAGCAGAUUCAAAUAGAGCUCAAGUUAGAAGCAAAAACUCUGAAGCCAGCAAGCCUAGUUUUUCUCCUCCUUUCGCGUAUUUUUUAAUUUUAGGGCUUUAUCUUUGAAAUUCGGAGUGAUUGGCAAUGGGAGUUCCAACGUUCUACAAAUGGUUAGCAGAGAAGUAUCCGCGUAUUCUGGUUGAAGUCCUCGAGGAAGUACCGGUGGUGGCCGACGGCAUCUCCAUUCCGGUGGAUACGAGUAAACCUAACCCUAACAGAAUCGAAUAUGAUAAUCUUUAUCUCGAUAUGAAUGGGAUCAUUCAUCCUUGUUUCCACCCCGAGGACAAAUCCUCUCCAAGAACUUUUGAAGAAGUAUUUCAGCGCAUUUUUGAUUACAUAGAUAGAUUGUUUGUUAUGGUCCGUCCUCGAAAGCUUUUGUUUAUGGCUAUUGAUGGUGUUGCCCCUCGGGCUAAGAUGAAUCAACAGCGAUCUAGGCGCUUUAGAGCAGCCAAAGAUGCUGCAGAAGCGGCAGCUGAAGAAGCACGACUUCGAGAGGAGUUUGAGAGGGAGGGCAAAAGACUUCCUCCCAAAGAGGAAACGCUGCUUUCUGAUUCAAAUAUUAUCACGCCUGGAACUUCAUUUAUGGCUGUUCUGUCAAUUGCUUUGCAGUACUAUAUCCACCUUAGAUUAAAUUAUGACCCUGGUUGGAAAAAUAUAAAGGUUAUUCUGUCUGAUGCCAAUGUUCCGGGUGAAGGAGAACAUAAAAUCAUCUCAUAUAUACGGCUCCAAAGGAACCUUCCUGGUUUUGAUCCAAAUACACGCCAUUGCUUGUAUGGUUUGGAUGCUGAUUUAAUUAUGUUGGCCUUGGCCACUCACGAAGUUCACUUUUCAAUCCUUCGAGAGGUUAUCUUCAACCCUAGAGAAGAAAAAUGUAUCUUGUGUCGUCAGAUGGGGCAUAGAGCGGCAGAUUGUGAAGGAAAGGUAAAGCGGAAGGCUGGAGAAUUUGAUGAGGAAGGUGAUAUAAAGGCUUUUGACAGAAAGCCAUACCAGUUUCUAAACAUAUGGACACUCAGGAAUUAUCUGGAACAUGAAUUCAGAAUCAGUAAUCCUCCUUUUGAAAUUGACUUCGAACACGUUGUGGAUGAUUUUAUAUUCAUGUGCUUCUUUGUGGGCAAUGAUUUCUUACCUCAUAUGCCUACGCUAGAGAUUCGUGAGGGUGCAAUCAACUUGUUAAUGACCAUAUACAAGAAGGAAUUUAGAAGAAUGGGUGGUUAUUUGACCGAUGGAAGCAAGCCAAAUUUGAGUCGGGUAGAGCAUUUUAUACAAGCUGUGGGAUCCUAUGAAGAACAAAUAUUCAGGAAAAGAGCACAAUCACAUCAGCGUCAAGCACAUAGAAUCAAGAAUAGAAAAGCAGAAGUUAGAAGAGGAGAUGAUGUUGAGCCUAAAGUUGAACCUGAUUCUUUUGUUCCAGUUGCUAGAUUUAAUGGUUCCCGUCUUUCCUCUGGUUCUUCACCUGCACCAUUUCAGCAAACAAUGGAGUCAAAUGGUCAACCGAGCAAAGUGCAACGCUUAAAAUCAGGGGCCGCUGUCAGUGCUUCUACUAUCAAAACAAAGGAUAAUAUUGAAUCAAACAUAUGUUUUCCUUCUUCAGGAGAGAUACAUGAGAACAAAGAAGAAUUUGAAGCAAAACUGAAGGAGUUUAUCCGUGAGAAAACCGAUGUUUUUAUCUCCAACAAUCAUGAGGAAGACAAGAUUAAACUGGGAGAGUCAGGGUGGAAAGAAAGGUAUUAUCAAGAAAAGUUUUUGGCAAAAACUCCAGAAGAAAUGGAAACAGUACGAAAAGAUGUUGUUUUGAAGUUCACGGAAGGUCUAUGUUGGGUCAUGCACUAUUACUAUGAAGGGAUUUGUUCUUGGAGGUGGUUUUAUCCUUAUCAUUAUGCACCCUUUGCAUCUGAUUUAAAGGACCUUGCCCAACUGGGUAUUCAGUUUGAGCUGGGCUCCCCUUUCAAACCAUUUAAUCAGUUAUUGGGGGUUUUUCCUGCUGCAAGUUCCCAUGCACUUCCUGAACAAUAUAGGAAAUUGAUGGCUGAUCCAAAUUCACCCAUUAUUGAUUUUUAUCCAACUGAUUUUGAAAUUGACAUGGAUGGAAAGCGGUUUUCAUGGCAGGGUAUUGCAAAAUUGCCUUUCAUCGACGAAGAGCGACUUCUUGCAGAGGUUGCGAAAAUAGAACACACUUUGACGGAGGAAGAAGUUCGAAGAAACAGUACAAUGUGCGACAUGCUUUUUGUGGCGGCCUCACAUCGUCUCUCAGAACAAAUCUUAUAUCUCGACAGUCGGUGUAAACAAUUGACAGUAGGGCAACAAGCUCCGGUCGACAAAGUCAAACCCGAUUUGAGGGAUUCCUGCAGUGAUGGGAUGAAUGGUUACAUAUUCCCUUGUGCUGGGGACUCUCACCCACCUAUAUUCAGGUCUCCAAUCAAGGACAUGGAAGAUAUAUUGGCCAAUGAAGUCAUGUGUUGUAUGUAUAGAACUCCAAAAGCUCAUAAACAUAUCCCCCGACCUCCUGCUGGAGUUGCAUUACCUCCUAAGAUGGUGCAACUGAGUGAUUUAGAUUCCAAACCUGUAUUAUGGCAUGAAGAUUCUAGUAGGAGACCUUGGGAAAAUGGAAGAUCUGCAGUUCGGUUUACGGUGGAAAGGCAUAACCCUCCGGAAUCUAUUUCUGGCCGUAAGCUUGGGGAGUUAUCACACAGACUUAUUGCUAAAAGCUUGUUGAAAGUGGAUCGUAAUGGAUUUAGUGAUGAUAAGCAGGCUCUGCCACUAUCAAUUAGUACUGCUCCCUACAUACCACAUGUAAAUAAUAGGUCUCAGGACCAGGAGGGUAAGAGGAGAGAAGAUAAGAAGAGUAGGCCAGCUUCUAAACCAGUUUCUCGUGGAAGUUACCCUUUAACUCGGAGUCGGACUAGGAUAGCUCCUCCUGAACAAGAUUCUCGUAGUCGGACAAGAACAGCUCCUGCUAAACAAGACAAAUCUCAUGCAGGUUACCCUUCAUCACAGAAUCAUCCGUUGGAUUUUCCCAAUGCCCAGAUUUAUCAUCCUUAUCCAAUAUAUAUUCCUGCAAAUUAUUUGCACUACCCUUCUGGACAUCACCAGAAUGGUGGAAUGAGGCUCGUAACCAUGCCUAUGGCACAAAUGUCAACUGUGGCUGGUCCAUAUCCUUCUCUUCCAAGUGGUAACUAUGGUAAAAAUACAAGGUACCAGGCACAUUUACAUAGCAAUUAUCCACAGUGGGGUGGUGUUAUAAUGGCCCCGCAGGGAAACCUUAAUGGCUCGGCAGCUAUCCCUCUUCAUCACCCUCAUCAUCUUCAUCUUGUUAAUCAGGGGGGGAACCCGUUUUCUGUGUUAGGCAUGAAUAGGAAGUAGAAGCAAAACCCUGCCCCGCCUGUUUAGUUCAAAACACUAGAAGACCCUCUCCCUUGCUAUUAGCUUUUGAUUUUUGAAUUUGUUGCAAGAUGAUUGAAGAAGUCUAUUAAUGUUUAUUUUUUCCUUGAGAAAAAAUUAUUCGAUUUGGUUGUUUUGGCUGGGUGA